CCGACAACACCGUAACUUCUGCAAUUAGACAUACCACCGGUCAAUUAGAAAUAAUCACAAUAAUUCGAUUGAACGAGUCAUUUCAUAUGUCACAUUGAGAGUAAUAUAUAAUGUCCGACAUACGCCGCCAGUGGGUCUCGAGCGUUUCCAACUUUUCCUCUCAAUAUGACUCAACAGGAUGGUCUGCCGAACAAGUAAUAGGGCCUCCCAAGGUUUACCCCAAGCAUGGGGAUAUCAGAGGAGCUUGGGCCAGCGGAACUAAAACCAACAAUGAAUUUAUUGAGGUAGUGUUUUUACAAAAGGUUUACCCAACUGAAAUUAACAUCUAUGAAACGUAUAAUGCUGGAGGGACCAGGAAGGUGGAAGCGAAAACUGACAGUGGGACGUGGGUCACAAUUUACGAGGCCCCAAAAGUUGAGGUCAUCAAAGCCAGUCGUAUAUUUAAGCCACCUUUCAUUGAUGCGAACAUCUCCAUCAACAUUCUCAAAAUAACAAUAGAUUGUACGUCAGCCAACACAUGGGUAGAAAUUGAUGCAGUAGAAUUGGUGGGAACAAUACCAAAUCCAGACGUACCGGAUUGCGCAACUCGAACAGGACAACCAUACAAAAUGGCAUAUAGCAAUGCUUGCACAAAUAACAUUGAGCAAUGGGCCAGUGUUGUGUAUUCUUUUUCAUCGGAAUACGAUUCAGAGGGAUGGGCUGCCAACCAAGUCAUUGGACCCCCGCAAGUCUAUCCUCAGUAUGGAGACAUAGAGGGCGCAUGGGCCAGUGAAGAUACCAAUUCAGUAGAAUAUAUAGAGAUUGGAUUUGAGCAGCAGGUCAUUCCGUCUGUGAUUAAACUGUAUGAGACAUACCAUGCUGGGGGCAUCAGCAAAAUAAUGGCUAAAAAUCCUGCGGGUCAUUGGGUGACCUUGUAUACCGCACCCAAGCUGGAGAUCAUCAAUUCUAGUCGAGUUUUCUCACCAAAUUUGACGGGGAAUACUUUUGAAACUAACCAACUAUGGAUAGAAAUAGACAGCUCUCUUGCAAAAAGCUGGGUGGAGAUAGAUGCAGUACAACUCAUAGGAUCUCUGCCGGGCCAUUAUGAUAGUCGGAGAAGAACCGCUGAAGUUGAAAACAUCACUCAGUGGGUGGCGGAAGUGACUGACUUCUCCUCACAAUACAACUCUAGUGGGUGGUCAGCAAGUAGUGUUAUAGGUGUACCAAAGGUAUACCCUCGAUAUGGCGACAUCCAGGGAGCUUGGGCAAGUGCUGACAAAAAUGCAGACCAGUUUAUACAGGUGAAAUUUCAGAAGAAGGUAUUCUUGCGUGAGAUCAACAUUUACGAGACAUACCAUGCUGGCGGGGUCAAGAAAAUCUCGGCAAAAGACAUGCAGGGAAACUGGGUCAUGCCUCCACAUUUUCCUGUGGAUGAGUUGAGACUUGAUAUUGACUGCACAGCAUGUGGAACUUGGGUGGAGAUUGAUGCAGUAAACAUUGUGGGAACGCUAAGGCCAGCUGCUGUAGAGUUUGAUUUGCCUGGCCUCAGUGGCCUGAGCAUGAGAAGGUUAACCACCCAUACGCCAAUGACAGCAGAUAAUGCUAUUGAAGUGUACACCGAAGCUAACAGAGAACCAGUUCUAGAAUUUGUCUCCAAACUAGCACUGCAGAUAAUGGUACAGCACAGUAACUCAAUUAAAAAACACGCCAAAUUCAACAGACUGCCACCAAAUGUACAGAAAAUGAUAUCAAGUGAAUCAGAGGGUACAGCUUCAGUGGAAAAGAAGAAGUCGUCAAUCAAGCGAAAUAGUUCAGAUAAUGCUAAUCGCACAGUGACAGAUUCCUCAUGCAAUCCUCUUGCGACUCUUGCCAACACUUCUCUACUUUACGUCCCACCAGUUCUUGAGCAUGGCUACGGCAUCAAGUCUUUGCAUGGCGUUGUCAACAGAACUCUGUCUCUUUUGGCGCGGAGCGUCAGUAUACUCAGUGACACUUUCAGAGAUUCGGGCACCAUGUUCAUGGCGACCCUUGCCGAAAUCAACCAGUCUAUUCACUCUCUUGGCUCACGCAUCAAGUCUUUGAUGCUGGAUUUAGUUGGAAAAGGCUCAGUUGUUGCGGGCGAUUGGCUGGACAUUGUGUGUGACGUUGUGAUUAGAUUCACCAAUGGCACCGCGUCUGUCUUGGCGCAAGGCUCCAACACAGUCCAGAAUACGACCUCUGAGUCCAUGGCGUCUUUAGUCAGUUGGACACACCAGAUCGGCACCGGCAUCAGAGACCAUAUUAGCCACUUUGUCUCCUCUCUGUCCUUUAAAGAUCUGUGUCGCCUCACCUUCAUCCUCUUUCUGCUUGUUCUCCUUCUCACUGCUCUGUGGCUGGCCCGCUCAUACGCACAUCACAUUGACAUGGUCAACAAGAGAGUCGCCAGUCUAGCAGAAGAGAACAGCAGACUGAGAUUGCAACUUGCCGCUGAGUUGAACGCCAUAGACGCACAGAGAGCUGAUUCAGAGCGAGCUCAGGAGGCGCUGGAGAGACAGAUUAGAAAUGUGUCCAUGUGGCUGAACGUGUACACCACAGAAAUCAACAAAAAAAUGAAGAGAGUUCAGCCCAACAACAAGUUCAUCAGCCGUACUUUGCGGCGACAGCAUUUGUUAUAAUUAAUGAACUAAUUACUGCAUGUGAAUAUUAAAUGUUGUUUGUUGAUGAAUUUUUGUCUUGAU